AAAACAGGUUCCUUUCUAAGUUAUUAUUUCCCCAUUCGGUAGUGAAGGAACCACGCAAAUAUCAUCCCUCCUUCUACGUUAAGGUCAUCCAAAAAAAAAAAAAAAAAAAAAUUUGGGAAGAGCAAUAGAAGGAAGGGAGAAAAUGACAAAAAUGAAAAUUACUUUGUUCAUGUUGGCAGCAAUUGCUGGGUGCCUUAUGAUGGGUUCAGUUAGUGCAAUGACUCACAUUGUUGGAGGAGGCCAUGGCUGGCGUUUGCCUGACAACCAAACCUUCUUUGAAGAAUGGGCUAAACCAAGAACCUUUGGUGUUGGUGACAGACUUGUUUUCCCAUACAGGCCCGGUUCCAACAACGUGGUACAGAUUGACAAGAAAGACUUCGAAGAUUGCACUCAAAAAAAUGUCAUUGACAUGUACUACUUGGGACCAACCAUUCUGGAUCUCAAUGACACUGGGGACUUUUACUAUUAUUGUGGCAUUGGGAAGCAUUGCGAGGUCGGCCAAAAGCUCCACAUCAAGGUUGUCAAGGGAGAGGGCUCGUCUGGAAGUCCCUUUGCUUUUCAAAUUGCUCCCAUACAUUCAGGUUCUGAUAUACCUGCUCCUGCCCCUAUUAGUAUUACAUCCUCAGCCAGCUCCAUUCAAAAUUUUGGCAUGGUUUUCGGUUUACUAGCAUUCUUGCUUUCUCUAUUCACUUAAGGAGGGCAAUGUUAUGAUUGUGACAACGUCUUUUAGGGGGUUUAUGGGAAAGGAUUCUUUCUCAUUC